AUGGAUGAAGAAUACUGUGGCCUAAAGAAGAUGAAAGGCAAGAAAAUCCACCUGAACGCGAAGAAGGUGAAGCGAGGUCAGUCUUGGAAGAAAGAAAAAAACGAUGCGAUCGAGUGGCUGGAGAUCGGCAAUACUGACCUCGGCUACCAGAUCCUGAAUUAUGAGGAGAUUUUUAGCGCUGUAACCAAUACCGAGACUCCUGCAGAUCAUGGCGACGCUGAAGACUUCGACAAUGAAGAAUUUGGAGACUGCUGUGGGAGUCAUCACCUUUUGGUUUCGUCGGUGCGACAGUCCGGCAGAUCCACGCACUUGGCGGAACGUAGUCGUCAUCCAUCACUCAACGCCCGAUUCAUCACAUCCGUUGGCCAGCGCUUGCCGUGGCGGCGGCACCGACGCCGCAUGGACUUUUCAAGGCAUUAUUACGUGCCUAGUUUCAUCAGCCCGCACAACUACAGAAUGCAGAGGUCAGUGAUUGGCGGGAUGACUCGACAGCUGUUGCAAAUUACAGCCGGCAAACGCAGAGUUUUGCAGAGCAGCUCUUCGCAGCGGUCUACCAUAUUCCUCUUCUGCCUCGUCUUGUCUUCGGAAGAUGUACAGGAGUCGACAUUUAAAUGCAGGGAGAUUGGCACGUCCCACAACUUAGAACGCACGAGGUUGACCUCUCCUCACGAAAGCGGUGCGACGAUCAAAUAG